CCGGCCCGGAGGAAAUCGGGAGGGGGAGGGAAAGAAAGGCCGAGACAGAAGGAGCGAGAGGCGGCCGAGGGGCUGGUCCAGGCGCGGCCGCUAAGAGGAGACCAAGAGGCGGGGGCUGCACUUGACAACCAGCAUGCCGAGAUGGGAUGCUGAAUUUUCUAAAAGCAAAAGGGAGAGGAGCUUAUGUGGCCGCCAAAAGGAGAUGGAAGUACAACAAUUAUUUGCACUUAAGGCUAGCGGCCCUCCUUGGAUCUGUGCCUUUGGGCUCUUUCACUGCCUCUCUGCUGUUACAGACAAGGCUGGCUUCCCUUGGCAACCCCUGAAACAGAUUCCCUCCAUGGCUCAUAUCUUUUCAAAGUCAGAAGAGGCAGAAGUGGAUGUGAGAGAAAGAGAGACACAGAGAGACAGAGAGCCAAAGAGGGCAAGAGACUUGACUUUAAGAGACUCCUGUACUGACAACUCCAUGCAGUUCGGAACCAGAACGACUACAGCUGAACCAGGGUUCAUGGGGACAUGGCAAAACGCUGAUACUAACCUCUUAUUCAGAAUGUCCCAACAGUUAAGAAAAAAGCAAAUAGGAAGGCAUGGUGACUUUGUCAUAAACAUCAGCUUUCAGGUUCCAGUGGCAUGUGCUGGCAGAGUGCUGGGUGCAGACUUUUGCCCAAACCUGGAGGAGCCAGACCAGAGGCUGGAAGUCCAGGCCAUCCGUUGCACACUGGUAAACUGCACGUGUGAGUGUUUUCAGCCGGGGAAGAUUAACCUGAGGACUUGCGAUCAAUGUAAACAUGGCUGGGUGGCACAUGCCUUGGAUAAACUCAGCACGCAGCACCUAUACCACCCCACCCAGGUGGAGAUCGUGCAGUCCAACGUGGUGUUCGACAUCAGCAGCCUGAUGCUCUACGGGACGCAGGCGGUGCCUGUGCGGCUAAAGAUCCUGCUGGACCGUCUCUUCAGUGUCCUGAAGCAGGAAGAGGUGCUGCACAUCCUGCACGGCCUGGGCUGGACUCUGCGGGACUACGUCCGGGGGUACAUCCUUCAGGAUGCUGCCGGCAAGGUACUGGACCGCUGGGCCAUCAUGUCUCGAGAAGAGGAAAUCAUCACCCUUCAGCAGUUUCUGCGGUUUGGAGAAACCAAGUCCAUCGUGGAGCUGAUGGCAAUUCAGGAGAAAGAAGGGCAGGCCGUAGCUGUACCAUCUUCAAAGACAGACUCAGACAUAAGGACUUUCAUUGAGAGCAAUAAUCGCACCAGGAGUCCCAGCCUUCUUGCUCACCUAGAGAACAGCAACCCUUCCAGCAUUCAUCACUUCGAAAACAUCCCCAACAGCCUUGCAUUUCUGCUUCCAUUCCAGUACAUAAACCCAGUCUCAGCCCCACUGCUAGGAUUGCCUCCAAACGGGUUACUGUUAGAGCAACCAGGACUGAGGCUGCGGGAACCAAGCCUUUCAACCCAGAAUGAAUACAAUGAGAGCAGUGAAUCUGAAGUAUCUCCCACACCUUAUAAGAACGAUCAGACGCCCAAUAGAAAUGCCCUGACCAGCAUUACUAAUGUGGAGCCCAAAACCGAGCCAGCCUGCAUAUCCCCCAUUCAGAAUUCUGCCCCAGUCAGUGAUCUGACCAAAACUGAACACCCAAAAAGCUCAUUCCGGAUUCACCGGAUGAGAAGGAUGGGGUCAGCCUCUAGGAAAGGAAGAGUGUUCUGUAACGCAUGUGGGAAGACGUUCUAUGACAAAGGUACUCUCAAAAUUCAUUAUAAUGCUGUCCACCUGAAGAUCAAACACCGAUGCACCAUUGAAGGUUGCAACAUGGUCUUUAGCUCCCUCCGAAGCCGGAAUCGCCACAGUGCAAACCCUAAUCCUCGCCUUCACAUGCCCAUGCUACGAAAUAACCGAGACAAAGAUUUAAUUCGGGCCACAUCAGGAGCUGCCACCCCUGUCAUAGCAAGUACAAAAUCAAAUCUCACACUCACAAGCCCUGGCCGGCCCCCAAUGGGUUUUACCACUCCCCCACUAGACCCUGUCUUACAGAAUCCUCUGCCUAGCCAGCUGGUGUUUUCUGGGCUAAAGACUGUACAGCCAGUUCCUCCAUUUUAUAGAAGUUUACUCACUCCGGGGGAAAUGGUGAGUCCUCCAACCUCCCUCCCAACCAGUCCCAUCAUUCCAGCCAGUGGUACCAUAGAGCAGCACCCCCCACCACCCUCUGAGCCUACAGCACCAGUAGUGAUGAUGGCCACUCAUGAGCCCAGUGCCGACCUGGCACCCAAGAAGAAGCCCAGGAAGUCCAGCAUGCCUGUGAAGAUUGAGAAGGAAAUCAUUGAUACCGCUGAUGAGUUUGAUGAUGAAGAUGAUGACCCCAACGAUGGUGGAGCUGUGGUCAACGAUGUGAGCCAUGACAAUCAUUGCCACUCCCAAGAGGAGAUGAGUCCAGGCAUGUCUGUGAAGGACUUUUCUAAACAUAGCAGGACCCGGUGCAUUUCAAGGACUGAAAUAAGAAGGGCUGACAGCAUGACUUCCGAGGACCAAGAACCUGAGCGGGACUAUGAGAAUGAGUCUGAGUCUUCAGAGCCCAAACUAGGCGAGGAGUCCAUGGAAGGGGAUGAGCACAUUCACAGUGAAGUGAGUGAAAAAGUCCUGAUGAGCAGUGAGAGGCCUGAUGAGAACCACAGUGAGCCCUCUCACCAGGAUGUCAUCAAGGUGAAGGAAGAAUUCACAGAUCCCACUUACGACAUGUUUUACAUGAGCCAGUAUGGACUGUACAAUGGUGGGGGGGCCAGCAUGGCAGCCCUGCAUGAAAGUUUUACAUCGUCUCUGAAUUAUGGCAGCCCUCAAAAGUUCUCCCCAGAAGGUGACCUGUGUUCUAGCCCAGACCCCAAAAUCUGUUACGUGUGCAAGAAGAGUUUCAAAAGCUCCUACAGUGUGAAACUCCACUACAGGAAUGUUCACUUAAAAGAGAUGCAUGUCUGCACGGUGGCUGGCUGCAAUGCUGCCUUCCCCUCUCGCCGAAGCAGAGACAGAAACAGAAAUUUACGGAUGGAAAGAACCAUAGGUCCAGGACAUCGAGACAGCCUGCAUCUCCGUAGACACAGUGCCAACAUAAACCUGCAUCGCAAACUGUUGACCAAAGAACUCGAUGACAUGGGCCUGGACUCAGCACAGCCCUCCCUUAGCAAGGACCUCCGGGAUGAAUUUUUGUUGAAGAUCUAUGGUGCCCAGCACCCCUUGGGGCUCGAUGUCGGGGAAGACGCCUCCUCUCCCGCAGGGACUGAAGACUCCCACCUGAAUGGGUACGGGAGAGGCAUGGCGGAGGACUACAUGGUCCUUGACCUGAGCACCACCUCCAGCCUGCAGUCCAGCAGCAGCAUCCAUUCCUCCCGAGAGUCCGACGCAGGCAGCGACGAGGGGAUUCUUCUCGACGACAUUGACGGGGCGAGUGACAGUGGGGAGUCAGCACACAAGGCCGAGGCCCCUGCCCUCCCUGGCAGUCUAGGAGCUGAAGUUCCAGGAUCUCUGAUGUUCAACAGCUUGUCCGGGAGCAAUGGUGGGAUCAUGUGCAACAUUUGCCACAAAAUGUAUAGCAACAAGGGGACUCUGAGAGUGCACUACAAAACUGUGCAUUUGCGAGAAAUGCACAAGUGCAAAGUCCCUGGUUGCAAUAUGAUGUUUUCCUCUGUGCGAAGCCGAAACCGGCACAGUCAGAACCCGAAUCUCCACAAAAACAUUCCCUUCACUUCAGUAGAUUAGUCUCAGAACGGACACUACAAAUGCCAGCUCUCACCAGAUGGCCUACAUAUUUGAACUGCCGUAGUCAGUGUGUGCUUCUGUACUUGGGUGUAUGUAUGUGUGUGUGUGUGUGUGUGUAUACACAUGUACGCCUCUGUGUCUACAUAUAUAUACACACACAUCUCUUUUCUUUAGAUAUAAAAAGAUAAACACUAGGUGCUUUUGAAAUUGUUUGCUUUUUCCUUUAUAGUUUUGGGAAAGGGGUGGGAACUUUAAUUUGGGGGUGAAAACAAAGUACCCUUAAAACACAUGUACACACACACACACACACACACACACACAUAAAGUGUGCAACUAGCCCAAAUUCUGACAGAAUAAGAAUUCUUUGUCCUCUCCAGAGGGACAAUUUGUUGUACCCAUGACUGUUGCCUGCAAAAAAAAAUAAAUAAAUAAAAGGGAAAAAAAAGAAAAAAGAAACAAAAAAGGAACUUCUUAUAGUUGUCUUUUGUGAACUUUAAGGUUUUGAGAGAAUCUUCAAUUAAAGCAUGGCAGAUUCACCUGUAAAUAUUUAGCCUUGAGAGGCCAAUGAUGUAAAGCAAUUGUACUGAUGGUUGUUAAGUCUUUCGUUUAAUUUUUGCAGUUACAUCCAGCUGUUAGAUAUGCAGGAGAAAAAUAGUUUGCUGGCUAGCUCUAUUCAUUUAUGUUAGCAUUAAUGCACAUUUAAAAAAAAAAAAAAAACCAUGGUCUUGUUUUUACUACCUGCUAGAUAUAGUGGUAAAGAGGUGCUGGCAUGCUUUACAGCACAGAUCUGAUUUUUUAAACUGUCCUGUACUAGUACAUAAAUCCAGUCAUGCACUUUUUUUCAUACACUACAAGGGGAUGUGUAAUAUCCAUGCUUCUUUUUUAUCCUUAAACUAUUGCCAUACUUCAAGUAAGUGUCUUUUUUAAAAAAUUCACUUGUAUAAAAAUGGUCUGGUCAGUAUAGGGCACAAAUGCCAAACAAAAGUAUUAGUGUUAACACAAAACUGCCAACUUUGCACAAGUUUCCAGAAAAGAAAAUACAAUUAGUCACUCAACAUAACCACAGGCCAAUUUGUCGGCCACCAGAAAACCGCUUUAAAAAAAAAA